UUACCGGUUUCAAGCUCAAAUUACGAGCUUCCAGUGGCUGUGUAAGACAGUUGUUUUUCUAAGUUAGAGGCAAUUACAGCUAUAUUUUGCUGUUACAUAACUGGACCCUGAUAAAUGUUUUUGCUCUCUAUGCGAAAACGUUUGUUCUUAGCAAAUUCUCUGAGAGAACGCAACUGGCUUCCAGACAGAUCGAGAAGAAACGGUGGCCACAAUGCAGGUCUGCAAGCUGCUGACACAGGCUCAUCUGAUGCAGUCAGUGAGCUUAGUCUCUGGUCUCUUGUGUCGCCGUUGCCUGCUCAUACGUGUUGACCCUCUUUCAACAUCGAGUUUAUACAGAGUGCGCAAGAAGAACAGCCAGUACAGCACUGUGGAUACAGAGCGUUACUCGUCACUUGUGAAAGCCGUGAUAUCAUCACGAACAAGUCCUCAAACUCCAGAAAGUCUUCAGGAUGAAGACGGUCGAAUUUUUGGACCUAUUGUGAAAUCCAAAUCGUUCUCCAAAGAUGUCUCCAGACAACCUAAAAAAAUGUUUCCACUGCUAAACGAUGCAAAAACGGUCAAUCAGCAAGAGUAUGAUCAGAGAUCCUUGACUCGCAUAGCUUUAAAAAGGGGCCCAGAGAAAUCCACCAUCCCCAGUGUGACCCAUAUACUACAGCGGACAAUGUCCGCUGAACAAAUCUUCUACCUAGAGCGAUGGAGGAAAAGGAUGAUAGCAGAACUUGGCGAGGAAGGCUUCAAAGAAUAUACCUCAAAUAUUUUCAGACAGGGAAAACGUUUCCAUAUAUCCAUUGAGAAGCUUUUCACAUCAGAAGAUUCCUCAUGGGAAGAUACAGAGACAUCUGAUGAACUGUCAGGAUAUAUGGAGAGCAUCAGUCAUGUGCUGGAUGAUGUCACAGAAGUGAGAGCCCUGGAGAGUGCAGUGCAUCACCAGUCCUUGCAGUACCAUGGUGUUGUGGAUUGUGUUGCUUUGUACAGGGGCAAAGCAUGUGUUAUUGACUGGAAGACAUCGGAGAAGCCCAAACCUUUCCUUCACAACACCUAUGAUAAUCCCUUACAAGUGGCAGCCUACAUUGGGGCUUUAAACAGUGACAACAACUACAGUUACCAGGUGCAGAAUGGCCUGAUCGUGGUUGCGUAUAAAGAUGGUUCACCAGCCCAUCCACACUUCUUGAAUUCAGACCAGGUGCUGCAGUUCUGGGAGAAAUGGCUUCUCAGAUUGGAGGAAUAUGUGGAAAAGUCCAAAAAUAUGACCACAUAAGGAUACUUAACCUCAGUAGUUUUCAUUUGUUACUUUGUGCAAAAUCAAGAACAUGGCCCGUGAUUAAUGCAUGACAGAAAAAGAAAGAAAGAAACCUUAAAAAUCGCUGGUGGUGUUUCUGGUUCUGCACAACUUGGUUUUGUUUUAUUUGCUUCAGUGAAUCAGGUACAUAUUAGGAUGCCUUGGACAUGCCUGCACACACUGUGUAGUCAAA